AUGUCGUCAAAUGAAGAGUUACUGUGUGAUUCCGCAGACAUCCGCAGAGAGGCGCUGCUGGGCGGUGGCACGUUCGGCCAGGUGUACCGAAGUGAGCACAGCAGCUUCGGGUUGGUGACCGAGAGGGUCGUCGCUACACUACCUACAGAACAGGAGGAGAAGGUUCGUGAGGCUAUGAAGGCCUUGUACCGGCUGCGCUGCGACAACGCCACCCGACUGUACGGACUGGUACUGCGCCCUGACAACUAUAGCCUCCUCACGGAGUAUGGGGAGUUUGGACCCGUGGAGGAGCUGAUAAAAGUGAGGCCGCCCUGGGCCGUGCGAGCCAAGGUCAUGAGAGAGGUCGCUAUGGGCCUGAAGUACCUACAUGCGCAUCACGUGGUGCACGGAAACCUUUCACGUCAUAAUGUCGUCAUCUCCGACGACUUGGUCGCGAAGGUUACAGACUUCGGCUUAAGUGAAUGGCGGGGUCUAGCCUCCAACAGGCAGGGUGGUGAUACGGGGGAUAUUGCAGGCAAGCCACUGGUGUGUACUGGUCCGUAUGCUCCUCCGGAAGCCUUCACGAAGUCUGUGAGCGAGGCUCUCACAUGCAGUUUUGAUAUCUACAGUUACGGCAUCUUGUCCUGGGAGGUGAUCACGAGUGAGCAGGCAUGGAAAGGCCUGAGUCCUGAGCAACUCCGCGGCGAGGUGCAGAAGGGCGCCCGGCCGGUCCUGCGGGGAGGGCAGGACUUUCCUGCCGCAUGUCCGCUCACCAUGAGGGGCAUAACUACAGAUGCGUGGGGACAGCAGUCAGCCAACAGGCCUGCCAUGUCAGACAUUGUCCGCCGCUUCGUGAAGAAGAAGGACGUGCAGUGGUCGUCUGAUGAGUUGAGGAAGGCUGAAAAUGAAGCAAAGAAAAAGCUGACAGAUGCCCUGAGGAUCAGCACUCGAGCACGGACACCGCGACACGGGGCGGCAUCUGCCGGCUUGUCCUCCCGGCAAUCUACUGGCCUGUCACCUCGUGGAGCCGUGAAGACAAGGCAUGAAGAGCGACCACAAACCACUCAGGCGUCCCCAUGUGGCUCUCAGUCGUCCCCACGUGGCUCUCAGGUGUCCCGUCGCGCUGCUGGUCAGCAGGCACCCGGGCCUUCCCGCAAGGUAACGGGUACCACCGGGACCAAACAGGGUGAGCGCAAAGAAAGUUCGAGUGUUCAAAAGGUCAAACCCCGAGGAUCGCCGGUACAUGAUCCAGAGAAGACCACCAAGUCCUCCAAACCACGUGCCAAUGGGUCAGGGAGCGUCAGAAAAAACGCGUCUUCCUCAGGAUCGCUUAAAUCUGUGGCUCGUGGAGGGGAAGUUGUGAGAAAGGCGGCAACGCAACAUACAGACAGCUCGCAGCUCAGCAGCAGAAGCUCUGCACAGAUUCUGACCCGGGACGAGGGCUUCUCUGAGUCGUCCUUCACAGAAGACCAGAUGAGUCAAGACGGCAGCCAAGGCGAAUCAGGCGGUGCAGGGGGCCAGUCUGCUGAUGUACCAACUACUCAGGCAGAGGCAGCUGUAGGAUUACCUCAGGUUCAUCUGGACUUAACUGAACAUCCAGCCGUUCUACGGGCAGAUCAUGAGGAUGGAUCUGAUGUACAAGCAGAAGCUGCGGAGGAACGGUCUGAGAUCACCCUGUUUUCUCAGACGGACCACCAGGGCAGUGGAUUCAGCACGUCGCCUGAUCCACAGGCCGAUCCAUCAAGCCAAGACGCCAGCCCGGAUCAGCAUGGAGAAAGUGAAGAUGAAUCUGACGAUGAACCAGCUGAGCCGGUCACCAGCCAAUACAGGGGUCAACUACAGCCAGAUCUGCAAAGCCCCGGAACAGACGUCCAGUCAGACGAACAGCAAAGUCACGCAACAGACGUGCAGUCGUCGGAAGCUGGCGACACUGACAGCGACGAAGAGCAAAUCUUAUCUUCGGUUGACUCCCAGGACGAAACAUCGGUCAAGGUACCUUUGGGCGAACAGAUAGAAACAUGCGAAAGCGGCGUGAGGGAAGAGGGCGGUGAGGAAAAUAGUACUCAACAGAACGACGGGUCGGACGUCUCCACAACACCGCAAGAAUCACAGACCUUGCCUCCAGCACAAACAUUGCAGCACCAAUCACAGUUACUUUCACAUGGUGGCACAGACCGGCUACUCAACGAAGCAGGGCCUGUCGGUAAAAUCAACCAACCAGCAGCCGAACAGCGAACAACGGAAACCGUACAACAAGAGCAGAACAGGCCUACAGCCGAGGAAAUGGUUACGGCGAUGGCACAGCUUCGGACAGACCCACCCGUCAGCAGCCUGCCCCACCCUGCGGUGGUCUACUACGACGAGUCAGAUCCCAACAUCGCGCAGGUGAGGCAGGUGAUUCAGCUGCUGAGGCGCACCUGGGGGCUUCACGUGUUCGACCCUCACCACGACGGGGUGGGGGACAAGAUGGCGAGCUUCCGGGACUCCUUCGAGAACUGCCAGCACGCCGUGGCCGUCCUCACGCCCAGCGUCAUUCGCGACAUGCAGGACCGGAGACCAAACGCGGCGUCUUUCCGGAUCGCCACGUUCCUGACAGGGCUGCUGGAAACACGUGAUGAGCACGUGAUGAACACGUGCCAGAGGCGCCUGAUUCCAGUCCAAAUCGGCCGUGAUGAGAUCCCGUUCAUCCUGUGUAACUUCCACGUUCUCCGCUUCGAGACAAGCGGCUUCCACAGAAAACUGUACCGGGCAGUCGGCAGCCACACAGGUCAGAUGACCAGAGUACUUCGUCGCUUGGCUGACCAGAUGCCACUGUCAGAGGACACAGUGCACACGGUGGCUGCAAUGCUGUGUCUCCCGUCAGAGGUCCUCACAGACAUCAAGCAGGAGUUCGGAGGCAACCGGGCCAUGCUGAUCGAGAUUCUGGAGUCCUGGUGCCUGCACCACGGCGCAUGCGCUACUGAUAUGCGGCUGCAGCAGGUGGUAGCAGCCGUGAGGGGAGGUCAGGGGUCAUGUGCGAGAGGUCAGGACCAGGUACAGCCCGCUGCGCCAGCAGGUCAGGGGUCAUGUGCGAGAGGUCAGGACCAGGUACAGCCCGCUGCGCCAGCAGGUCAGGGGUCAUGUGCGAGAGGUCAGGACCAGGUACAGCCCACUGCGCCAGCAGGUCAGGGGUCAUGUGCGAGAGGUCAGGACCAGGUACAACCCGCUGCGCCAGCAGGUCAGGGGUCAUGCGCGAGAGGUCAGGACCAGGUACACCAACAGUUUGUGGUACACCAAGCGCCGGCAGACAUCGUCACCCUGCUGAGGACCAAUCGUGUGCAGCUAAUCGAGGUCCUGAGGCACCCCGCUCCCGUUAUGGACCACCUGUACUCCGGAGGCGUCAUCACCAGGGAGGAGAUGGACAAUAUCAAUGGACGUGGCACCCCGCAAGACAAGGCAAGGGAACUGCUGGACAUCAUCGCGAGUAAAGGUGAACGGGGCUGCACGGAGCUCAAGUCCGCGCUGGCCGAGGUGGAUCCAUAUGCGGUAACGUUUUUAGAGACGUAGAA